AUGGGUAUUAUUUGUAAGUAAAGUCCAAUUAAUGAUAAAAACGGUUUAGAGGUUACUUUAUCUUAACCUCCUCCUAUUUAAUAGAUGCAGCCUAAAAAGCCUGAAGAAGUUAAAACUCAAGUACCUGAAAAAUAAGAAGAACCAGGUUAAUCAAUUGAUUAAGCAAAAUAAGAGAAUGAAGUAAUGAUGAAAAUUCUAUGUAACUUAGCCAAAAAGAAAAGAGCAAAAGAAGAUGGGAAAAAUAGCUGCAGUUAUUGAUCAAGAAGUCAUCUAUGAAAAUGUUCAAAAAUAAGAAAAAAUAAAAGUCCAUUUGAUUAUUGAUUGCUUUUGA